AUGACUCUGGCAAUGUCAGUAUCCAGCAAUGACAAAGGAGCAUCACCAGGCCGUCUUCUUAGGCUCACCCUACAAGUCUACGGCAACAACAAAAACAAACCUGAGGACAACGAGGCUUUCUCGCGCGAGUAUCUUACCAAAGUUGCAACUAUCCACGCUCGGAACGGUAUCGAGAUGUACCAGCAGGUUUUCACGCCGGCAUCAUAUCGCGCCACCCUAGAGGAGAUGAACCGUCGCGGGAACCGGGGCUGGGUUGUUGACGACCACGAUAUCACAGUCGAGUUCUACUUCCGCAACUUCGCGGAGCUCGAAAAGGUGCGGGAAAACCCGGACUUUCAAGAGCUGCAGGCUUCUGAGGGCCCAUACGUGAACCUUGUGCAUACGGUGGUGACCCUGGGCUGGGUCGAGAAGCAUAUUGAUGGCGGCAAGGUGGUGAAUGUUGGCCCGGAUGGCGAGUCGAUGUAUCCACCCUGGUCGGAACUGCAGGAUUUGUCGACUGUGUAUUCGGGACAGACUGCGCAGGGCCAGGGCGAGUGA